CACAUUAUGGAAAGGAUGAGAACAUCAUGGAAUAGGAUGAAGACAUCAUGGAAAAGGAUGAGGACAUCAUGGAAAAGGAUGAGAACAUCAUGGAAAAGGAUAAGGACAUCAUGGAAAAGGAUGAGGACAUCAUGGAAAAGGAUGAGGACAUCAUGGAAAAGGGUGAGGACAUCAUGGAAAAGGAUGAGGACUUCAUGGAAAAGGAUGAGCACAUUAGAAAGGAUGAGAACAUCAUGGAAAAGGAUGAAGACAUCAUGGAAAAGGAUGAGGACAUCAUGGAAAAGGAUGAGGACAUCAUGGAAAAGGGUGAGGACAUCAUGGAAAAGGAUGAGGACAUCAUAGAAAAAGAUGAAGACAUCAUGGAAAAAGAUGAGAACAUCAUGGAAAAGGACGAGGACAUCAUGGAAAAGGAUGAGGAAGUCAUAGAAAAAGGAUUGGGACUUAACAGAAUACGAUUGAAGAAAAAAGAAUGAGGACAUCACAGAAAAAGAUGGUUACAUCACAGAAAAGAAAGGAGACAUUAUGGAAAAAUGAGAG